CAUCAUAAGUUGUGGAACAGUACGCCUGGUUCUGGGUCUCUGUGAAUAUUAUAAAUUGACUACGCUGUAAUGACAAGUUGAAGUGAAAAACCAAUUCACAAUGGAGAGCAAAGCUGCUAAGUCUUCAGAGGUCCACGUGGAAAGAAAGAGCACUGCAAAACUUGAUGAAAUUCUGCAGAUUGAAAAACAAGUACAGGAACGAUGGAAUAGAGAGCACAUCUUUGAAGAGGAUGCACCAAAUCCCAACAGUCCUGAUGCCAAGCAGCCAAAGUAUGUGGUGACCUUCCCGUAUCCUUACAUGAAUGGACGUCUUCACUUGGGACAUACCUUUUCCCUAUCCAAGUGUGAGUUUGCUGUUGGUUAUCAGCGCCUGCAGGGAAAGAAGUGCCUGUUUCCUUUUGGUUUGCACUGUACUGGUAUGCCAAUUAAGGCAUGUGCAGACAAACUGAAGAGAGAAAUUGAGACUUAUGGUUAUCCCCCAAAGUUCCCUGUAGAGGAAGAGUCUGAGCAGGAAGCACCACAGGAGGAUGAACCUAUCAUCAAAGACAAAGCAAAGGGAAAGAAGAGUAAAGCUGUAGCUAAGACUGGCAAUCUCAAGUACCAGUGGCAGAUCAUGGGUGCCCUGGGGGUACCUGAUGAGGAAAUAAAACAAUUUGCUGACUCCCAUCAUUGGUUAAAGUACUUCCCACCUCUCACAAAGACAGAUCUACAACAUAUGGGUGUCAAGGUGGACUGGAGGAGGAGCUUCAUCACCACUGAAGCAAACCCAUACUAUGACUCGUUUGUAAGAUGGCAGUUCUAUAGACUCAAGGAAAAAAACAAGAUAAAAUUUGGCAAAAGGUACACCAUCUACUCCCCAAAAGAUGGACAACCAUGUAUGGACCACGACAGAAGUAAAGGCGAGAAUGUUGGGCCACAGGAAUACACUAUCAUCAAGAUAAAGAUGUUGGAACCUUUCCCUGCAAAACUCAGUUCCCUGAAGGGAAGAAAAGUGUAUCUGGCUGCUGCUACUUUGCGUCCAGAGACGAUGUUUGGACAAACCAAUGUCUGGAUUCACCCAACCAUCCCUUACAUUGCUCAUGAACUAGCCAACGGUGAAGUGUUUGUCUCAACAAAACGAUCUGCUCGCAAUAUGUGUUACCAAGGUUUCACUAAGAAGGAAGGCCAGGUUGAUGUUCUAGUGAAUCUAACAGGACAGGAUAUAAUGGGUGCUGCUUUGUCUGGACCACUCAGCAAGUACCAGGUCAUUUACACCCUUCCAAUGCUGACCAUCAAAGAGGAUAAAGGAACUGGUGUGGUAACCAGUGUUCCAUCAGAUGCUCCUGAUGACUUUGCUGCUCUGAGGGACUUGAAAAACAAGCAGCCUCUAAGAGAAAAAUAUGGAAUCAAAGAUGAAAUGGUUCUACCUUUUGAACCGGUACCGAUCAUUGACAUACCAGAUUAUGGAAAUCUGUGCGCUGUACGAGCCUGUGAAGAGUUUAAGAUUUUGAGCCAGAAUGAUAAAGACAAACUUCUGGAGGCCAAGAAAACUGUCUACAAAAAAGGAUUUUAUGAUGGAGUUAUGAUUGUGGAAGGCUACCAAGGACAGAAAGUUGAGGAGGUCAAGAAAGUCAUACAAGAAAAGAUGAUUAAAAGUGGGGAUGCUGUAAAGUACAUGGAGCCGGAGAAGUUGGUGGUGUCACGGUCCAAUGAUGAAUGUGUGGUGGCUAACUGUGACCAAUGGUACUUGGACUAUGGCGAAGAGAAAUGGAAAGAACAAGCCCUGAAAUGUUUAGAAAAUAUUGAUACCUAUGCUGACGAAGUUCGCAGGAACUUUAUUGCCACUUUAGACUGGCUACAUGAACAUGCCUGCUCCAGAAGUUUUGGUUUAGGGACAAAACUACCGUGGGAUACAAAGUAUGUAAUUGAAGCUCUGUCAGACUCUACCAUCUACAUGGCUUACUACACUGUAGCACAUCUACUGCAGGGAGGCGUGUUCGACGGCAGUGCUGAGAGUCCCAUCAAUGUUAGAGCAGAUCAGCUGACGCCAGAAGUAUGGGAUUACAUAUUCUUCAGCAAUGCCAAGGUUCCCACUACAGACAUCCCACUGUCCACACUGGACAGGAUGAAAACAGAGUUCAACUACUGGUACCCAGUUGACCUACGAGUAUCAGGCAAAGACUUGGUCCCUAACCACCUGACCUACUACAUCUAUAACCACUGUGCCAUGUGGCCUGAUGAUACAUCCAAGUGGCCGAAAGCAAUCAGAGCCAAUGGACAUCUGCUGUUAAAUGCAGAAAAGAUGUCCAAAUCUACAGGAAACUUUCUGACACUGAGUGAUGCAUUGAAGAAGUUCUCAGCUGAUGGAAUGCGUUUGGCCCUGGCCGGAGCAGGGGAUACCAUUGAAGAUGCUAACUUUAUGGAGGUGAUGGCUGAGGCUGGUCUGCUGCGCCUCUACACCUUUAUGGAGUGGGUCAAAGAAAUUCUGGCUGAAAAGGGAAGUUUCCGUUCAGGAGCUGAUUACACUCGCAGUGAUAGAGUCUUCAUCAGUGACAUGAAUAAAGCUAUUGAGGAGACAAAUGUCCACUACGAGAAGAUGAUGUAUAAGGAGGCCAUUCGUACAGGAUUCUUCGAGUUUCAGGGUUUACGAGACAAGUAUCGCGAGCUGGAACUGGAAGGCAUGCACAAAGAUCUGUUGCUGCUCUUCAUCCGGACACAGACUCUGAUGCUGAGCCCAAUUUGUCCUCACAUCUGUGAACAUCUGUGGGGCCUCCUUGGUAAUACAGAAAGCAUCAUGCAUGCAUCCUGGCCACAGGCUGGUCCAGUUGAUGACAAACUCAUCCAGAUGUCUCAAUACAUCAUGAAUUCUGCACACAACUUUCGCAUACGGCAAAAGCAGUUGAUGACACCAGGGAAGGGCAAGAAACAGGCGAUUAGCAAGCCGUCACAUGGCACCAUCUGGGUGGCCAAGACGUAUCCAGCCUGGCAAACCACUGUACUCCAAAAAUUACUGCAACUGUAUCAGGAACAUAAUGGCUUGCCUGACAAUAAGGUGAUUGCAACUGCUUUGAACAAUGUCCCUGACCUGCAGAAAUACCAGAAGAAGUUGAUGCCAUUUGUCCAGCUGAUGAAGGAGGGAGUGAAAACUUCUGGCAUAAAGGCCCUCAACACCAGCAUGGAGUUUGAUGAGAAGGAAGUGAUGGAGAUGUACAAUAAGUACCUUGUCUCUACACUGGAGGUGGAGGGACUAGAGGUGAAGUGGUCAGAGGAAGGGGACAAGAAGGUGAGGGAGGACUGUGUCCCUGGCAGUCCCUUCCUCACCCUCCACACUCAGCCCAGUGUCAGUGUACGGAUAGGUAACUGUCAGCCCUAUAGUGGCCUGUUUGAAGUGACUCUCCCUGUCUAUGAAGGUGAUGUGAAGUCAAGGAUCAUCAACAGACUCUUCAAGACAGAUCGGUCCAAGAUGAAAGAUCCUAAUCAGAUGGAAAUCAUGGUGUUUAAGUCGGAGCAGGAGAUGAGGAGGGUUCCUGAUCUUAAUGAGCCUGACCGUGGCAAGACCGUCCUCUCAGACAAGGCAGUGUUUCACAUCAAUGUAGACAGUAACACGGCGUGUGUGGAGACUAAUGGUCACAGUGUGGACAUUACUACAUUACUGACUUACACAGUGACACAUUGACACCAGUCUCUGUGUUAAACGGUCAAAGUGUGGAUGUUACAAAGUUUUAACACUGUGUUUAGGUUCUUUGGUGGGUUACCAAAUACUAUUUAAUGGUUUAGUAAAAAUACACGUAACUAUUGUCAUUAUACAUCCUGUACUUUCACACUAUGUAUGGACAAUUGACAUCCAGGAGAAAUACUAAGGUGAUGGAAUAUUUUGAACGCAUGAGAUGUAAUGCAUUACAUUAUUUAUUUUACAAUUAUUUCUGCUUAAUAAAUUUGAAUUCCUGUGCAUACAUUAUCAUAAAGAUUCAAAACUAUUAUCUAUCAAUGAAAUGUCUGGCAACGACAAAGACAAUAAGACAGUCAAUAUCAACAAGGGAAUAUUUUAAUUACCAACCUUGCUUCUUUAAAAAUAAAAUCAAAACCAUUAAUUCCCA